AGUGCCGCAUUUAGGGGGGGGCACUGGCUACAACUGCCCGGGGCGCCAGUAUUUUGGGGGCGCCGAAAUUUUGUGGUCGGAAAUAAAAAAAUUAAUAAAAAUAAAAUGAAAAAUGAAUUUUUAAAAUGUAAAUUAUUUUAAUAACAGACAACAGUAGGUAUUAUAUAAUAUUAAUGUAUUAUGCUGUUUGAAAUUAAAACAACUAAUGUAUUUAUAGAAAUAUAGCUAUCAGCGUUCGAGAAUUAUUAAUAUACUUAAAAAUAGUUCGCAAAUUUGUUGUUAUCCAAUAGAUAUAAGUUAUUUAUAUAAUACGGCGUACUUUGUUAUCGCGUGCGGCAUGCCCGCAACCAAUUACAGAAGUACAAUUAUUAUUAGUCAACAAACUCGAACCACGGAAUGUCUGAAAUUUGUGAUUACCGAUUAAUAUUGUUUCUUUCACUACCUACCCACUCGGCGACCGGAGCUGUUGAUUAUUUAUUAUAUAUUUACAUAUUUGUUUUAUAUUACUUAAAUUAAUUAUGACUGGAAAAAAAAAACUAAGUGGAUAUCAAAAUCGAAAAAGAGCAUUGUUAAAGGACAAAAAAGAACUAAUUGCUAUAAAGAAAUGCAGAAAAAUUCAAGACAUGUUUCUUGAAAAAACAUCAACAGUUGAAGAAGUUCCUGUGGAAAUUGAAAAGGACAUUCAAGAGGUAGAUCAGAACACAUUUCCAAAAGUAACUGAGGCUGUUCACAAUGGUGAAGUUCCUGUGGAAAUUGAAAAGGACAUUCAAGAGCUAGAUCAGAACACAUUUCCAAAAGUAACUGAGGCUGUUCACAAUGGUGAAGUUCCUGUGGAUAUUGAAAAGGACAUUCAAGAGCUAGAUCAGAACACAUUUCCAAAAGUAACUGAGGCUGUUCACAAUGGUAAAGUUCCUGAAGAAAUUGCGAUGGACAUUCAAGAGAUAGAUCAGAACACAUUUCCAAAAGUAGCAGAGUACAAUGUCAUUCCUGGGUCUGAUCCAGCUCUAUGGUCCAUAAACAAUUUUACUCAAGAUUAUUUUUGUAUUCAUGGUUUUUCUCAAAAUGUUUCCAGUAUGAAUUUUUCAAAGUCAAAAAGACCCUAUAUUAUAUCUCAAAAAGGUGUUAAAAAAACCUACUACAGGUAUUUUAAUUUAAGGUAUCUUCAGGUCACUUUAAAAAAUGGAGAAAAAUUGAAACGAGACUUUUUGAUGUACUCUGAGAGCAAAGGUGUUAUAUUUUGCGGUCCAUGUCUAUUAUUUGGUAACAAAUCAGUGUUUGCUACAACUGGUUUUUCUAAUUGGCAAAAGGCUGAGGAGCGUAUACUAGAACACUCAAAUUCUUCGAAUCACCGUUCAAAUAUCAUAAAGAUGAAAGAUCGUGGUAACAUACAUGGUCGGAUCGAUAACAAUCUUGUGACGCAAGUAGAAACUCAACGUAUAUACUGGGUAAAUGUAUUAAAACGAGUUGUGGCUGUUGUUAAACGUUUAUCAUCCAGAGGAUUGGCAUUUAGAGGAACAACUUCAAAAAUAGGAUGUAAUAACAAUGGUAAUUUUCUUAUGGCCCUUGAAUUAUUGGCUGAGUUUGAUCCUUUCUUAUCAAACCAUUUAGAGACAUACGGAAACCCAGGAAAAGGUAAUACAUCAUACAUAUCAUAUAAUAUAUAUGAGCAAUUUAUCAAUAUAAUGUCUAAACAAGUAUUGAAUACAAUUAUUCAAGAAGUUAAAGCUUCUCGGUACUUCUCGAUCAGUGUUGACUCUACACCAGACAUAUCUCAUAUCGACCAGCUUUCAUUUUGUGUUCGAUAUGUCAACAAUAAAGGGGAACCAGUAGAAAGAUUUUUAUGUUUUUUAGAUCAAAUAGGACAUAAAGCGGAUGACAUGGCAAAUGCUGUAUUUAGUGUAUUAAAAAAAUAUGACUUAAAUUAUUGAUUAUCUUCGAGGCCAAUCUUAU